GUCCCCAAUACCUCCUCAAAUCUCGAUCCCAUCACCUCCACGUGUGCAGCGCACACCCCCCCACCCCACGCCGCCCCACUUUGCCCUAAUCGCUCUGCACUCCCCUACCUCCACCACCAUCUCCUUCCUCCCUUCCUUCCUCCCUUCGUCCUUCUCUGGAUCCAUCGCCGUCCCUUCGCCUCCUCCUCCCCGGUCUGGUUGGUUCUCCGUUUCUCCCUCUUUUGACCGGGGUUUCCCCACCUUCGAUUCUCUCCGCCCCCUUUUGCUUUGCGGUGGAUUCCCUCCACCCCCGCCCGCCCCCAUGUUCCUUGCUUCCUCCGAGGUCUAGCAUCCGACUGGGCCCUUUUAGGGUUUCCCCGAAAUCAUCCGCCGCCUCUGCUGCUGCUGCUGCCGCCGCCCAAAGUGAAAUCGGACAUGAUCCCGGUGCUGCGGGUUGCGAUUUGGGAGCCCGUCCUUUGAGCCGUUCCCUUCCAUUUUCUUCUUCUUUGUAGUUUUUAUUUUUUUGGGGUUUUGGUUUGGUUUGGCGGGUUUGAAGCGGUGUCGGAUCAUGAAGAGAUUGCGGUCGAGCGAUGAUCUCGACUACUAUGGCGACAAGAGCCUGUGCAAAGACUCGGCUUCCAAUCGCUCCUCCUCCUCUUCCCACCGAAGCGGCUUCUACUCCCCCAAGCCCGGCGACGCUCCUCCUCGCAAGGUUCUGCUCACCUCCUACUCCUCUCGGUACGACCGGGAUCGGCCCCUCGACGAUGACGCCCGCGACGCCUUGAGGAUCCCCCGCAAGCGCUCCGACCACGAUUUGGAGCGCUACGAUCGCAGGAAGCUGUUGGGCUCGGGGUUUGGCCCCGAUAGGCACGGCGAGAGGAAGGGGCAUGGGGCUGAUUUCGCCGAGAGAGCGGACGGGUACGGCGGCAAUGGUCGCGGAGUUGCUCACCGAUCGGAUGGCUUCUCCGGCCCGAAGAAGGAGUUCCCUAAGGGAUUCCGAUCGGAGAGGGACAGAUCGAGGCGCGAAGGGAGCACUUCGUCGUCCUCUUGGCAGAGAUUCGGGAAUGGUAGCAAAGAAGUUGACGAGGGCAGGAGUUUCAGAGCUGGAUUCAUGGAAGACAGGGAGAGGAAGGCGCUGAGGGAUGUGAAAUCUCCUACGUGGUCGAGAGAUUCCGGGAGUGAGCAAUCUCGAAGAGGUUUUAGAGAUGGAAAAGUGAGGGAGAAAGAGAAGGAGAAGUCACCUAGCGUGUCGCGAGGUGAUUCGGGUAGUGAACAGCAGUCUAGGAUGAGGUCGAGGUCGAGGUCACCGCCGAAACAUCAAGAGGCCGGAGAGGUUAAGGAGAAGGAUAAGGAGAAGGAGAAGGAGAAGGAGAAGGAAAAGGAGAAGGAGGAGGAGAAGGAGAAGGAGAAGUCCCCGAGCUGGUCAAGCGGGAGAUCGCAGAGUGUGGAGACCAAGAAACAAGAGGAGUCGUCGCUAGCUGAGAGUGGGAGUAGUAGUGAAAUGGAGGAAGGAGAGCUGGAACCAGAAGCUGCCGGUGAACUUGGAUCGGCUCCUGAGGUUGGGAGUGGAGGAAGCCCCCAAAAGGCUGUUCAGUUGGAAUCUGGUCAUAGGGAAGUUGUAGAGAUUGAGGGUAGAGCUGAGGCUGCCGAAGAAGUCAACAAGUCCCCUUGUGAGGAAGGGAAGGAUUGCCCUGAAGAAAGUCCAGUUGAGGAGAAGAGGGAACAUACAGAUGAGGCCUCUCAAGAUCAUCGAAAGACUUCAAAUGACGAGAUGAGUGGUAGUAAUGAUGAGGAAAGUGAAACUGAAUCUGAUAGUGCAAUAGUCAAGGAUCGGGAGAUUCUGAAAGGGGAGGAAGAGAGCUGGGGAGGUCACUUGGAGUCUGCAGAGGAAGCCAUUCAAUAUAGGAAGCACUUGCAUGAUGAAGAACCUCCUAAACAAGACAAGGCUAUUGAUCUCCAACUCAAGGAAGAAGAUGCAGACUCACAGGAGUUAAAACUAGGAGAACCGGCAGGGUCUUCGCUGCCUGAUGAUAGUACCGGCUUGGCUGGAGAAAGGCUUGUGCAUAGCUUCAAGGACAAAGGCAAGAGCGUUGCUUUUAUGCCAAUCGAAGUCGCUGAAGUUGCCAAAGAACGCGUAUGGAUUGAAAGAGAAUUUAGAGAUGUUGUGAGUAGCAGGGAUAUGGACAUGGAAGGGCCAAGCACUAGAGGUUUUGAGUUGUUCUCGAGCUCUCCAGUUAGGAAAGCAGAAAAAUCAGAUAAUGCGGGCAUUACUGGGCAGAAAGAUGACAAACUGGGGAUGGAGCAACUCGAUCUCUCUCUGAGCUUGCCAAAUGUGUUGUUACCUAUUGGCGCCACGGGUGACAACACAACCGCCGCUGCUCCUGCUUCCCCUAGCCAAUGCAGAAGUGUGCAGUCCUGGUCUACUUUUCGUACUAACUCAGAAGGCUUUACCCAGUCCUUUUCGGGAUCUCAAUCCUUUUUCCACAAUCCAAGUUGUUCUCUUACUCAGAAUUCAGUAGACUAUGAACAAUCAGUGAAGAGUCGCCCUCUGUUUCAGGGAGUUGAUUGGCAGGCACUAGCUCAGAAUGAGGCGAAGCCUAACGAAGCUCCGGUGUAUCAAGGAUCUCUCAGUAAUGGAAACGGCUCUCUUUACCAGUCUCAAGCCGUGCUGGGCAAUUCAAAUAGUGAUCUCAUCCAAGCCCUGAAUCUUAGGGCUGAGGGAAGUGGUAAAAUGCACAGUGGACUGGACAAGCAACUGAGUUUUAACAAACAGGUGAUGGGAGGGCAGACAAAGCGUCAUGAUGAUGUCAAGUCCCCUUCACAGAGUAUUGGAUCUCAUGAAAUGGGGACGAGUUACGGCUUUGAUAAGAAACAAGCGGCAAGGGAGAAACAUGGUGGUAGCUUAUACAGGAGUGGUAGCCAAAAGGAGCGUGAUCAACAGUUGAUGGAUGGAAGUGGAACUGAAUUUGUUGAGUCGCUCAUUGAGAAGAUAGUUUCAGAACCAUUGUAUGAAAUUGCAAGGAAAUUCCGCGAGAUGAGAGAAGAAUCUUUGGCAUAUUUCAAAGAGAGUAUCCGGGAGUUAAUGCUUAAUAAAGAUAAGCAUCGGCAACUAUUGGCUUUUCGAGAAGCGCUGCAGAACAGAUCAGAUAUUACUGUUGAGAUGCUAUUGAAAUGCCAUCAAACUCAACUGGAUAUCUUGGUUGCUCUAAAAACUGGUCUACCAGACUAUCUUCAACUUCCAUCCAGUCUUCCAUCCUCCGAUUUGGCUGAGAUUUUUCUGAAUUUAAGAUGCAAAAAUGUUUCCUGUCGGAGUGCUUUACCUGCUAGUGGGUGUGACUGCAAGGUUUGUGUAAAGAGUGGCUUUUGCAGUGAUUGUAUGUGCCUAGUGUGCUCCAAGUUUGACAUGGCAUCUGACACGUGUAAGUGGGUUGGUUGUGAUGUUUGUCUUCAUUGGUGUCAUGUGGAGUGUGCCAUAAGGGAAUCUUAUAUUAGGAAUGGACAUAGUGCAACUGGCACCCAAGGAAUGACAGAGAUGCAGUUUCAUUGUGUCGCUUGCAAUCAUCCUUCUGAGAUGUUUGGAUUUGUGAAAGAGGUUUUUCAAAACUUUGCAAGGGGAUGGAACAUUGAGAAUUUUUACAGAGAACUCGAAUAUGUCAAGAGGAUUUUCCAUGUGAGCAAGGACUUGAGAGGGAAACGAUUAUAUGAAGUUGCCGAUCAGAUGAUGGUGAGAUUGGCAAAUAACGCUAACCUUCCUGAAGUAUACAGUUACAUCAUGACUUUCCUGAAUGAAUCCAAUUCAGCUAAAUAUGAUAAAACUCUGGACUCUGGCAUUGAACGAGGGAAAGGAGUCAACAAUGUGGCUGGAGCUAGCCAGGAUAUGUCAUGGGUCACAGGUGCAGUAGUGGAAAGGGUUCCUUUCCAAGGGGAACGUCUAAGCAGUACAAUUCCAAGCCCCAAUAUUGGCCGGAGUGAUCAGCAUGCUUUGGAGUUGGAAUUGCAGAGGAGUGAUAAGAAAGAACCAUUGUUUGAUGAGUUGGAAAGUAUUGUCAGAAUUAAAAAAGCGGAAGCGAAGAUGUUUCAAAAGCGUGCUGAUGAUGCAAGAAGAGAAGCUGAGGGACUGAAACGUAUAGCAGUGACCAAGAAUGAAAAGAUCGAAGAGGAGUACACUGCCCGAAUUGCAAAAUUGCGCUUGGCAGAGGCUGAGGAAUUGCGCAGAAAAAUGGAAGAGCUGCAGGCUUUAGAAAGAGCCCAUCUAGAAUAUUUCAACAUGAAGAUCAGAAUGGAAGCCGAUAUUAAGGAUUUAUUAUUGAGAAUGGAAGCAACUCAAAGAAACCUUGCCCUGUAACAUGAUGUUUGACAGCAUGUCUCUUAGAAGUGUCAAUUCUUCAGGUAAUUUUACCAGCUAAUGGCAAAGACACAUGCUCCCUAGGUUUGUUGGUUUGGAGGCAAACCAGAAUCUGUACGGGGAGUGCAACAUCUCCUCACAUGUAAUUGACCAGUUCCCUUAGUCUAUGCAAGUAGGACUAGGACAUGUUCUAGCUUCCAUCGUCCUCUUUUUGUUAGCACGGGCUUACAAUCAAAUGAUUAGUUUAGGAUUUCUUGAAUGAAGAAUUAUAUAUUGAUAUGUUGUGCAUGCAGUUUACGGAACAAGUUGAAUUGUGAAUUAGGAAAUUGGGUUCCUGGUAAAAGCUCAUUAUGCGUUCGCCGAUUGUUGUUACACUGGCUUGGCAGCGCAGCCGAUGAAUUUUUUAGAUUUCCUAAAUGAACUCGAUGUUUGUUU